AUGCAUAAGCAGCAGCAAGCUCAGACUGAUAGCGAAGAAGUUCAAAAACUCCGGUCCGAGGUGACGCAAUUGAGAGUGCUGCUGUCUAAGAUUCAUUCUCAAAAUGAAGCCACUAUUGUGGCAGAGCCUGUGACUGCUACUGGUGUCUCGGAAAUUAGCGACGGGAUGCUACCAGACAAGCGUUGCGAGGAGACUUAUGGAUCCAUUAUACCGAUGGAUAAUGACCUUAUUCAUCCAAAGGCGAGAAAUCCUUCUAGUUACUACACUCAACACCAUCUAUUUCGCUUCUUUGAAGAGAUUCCUGAACUCUUUCCGUUCAUGAAAGAAACGUAUGAAGAAUUGUUUGCACCUCAUGGGGUUCGUAUUAGAAAGGACAAAGCCACUCGGAAUGAUUUAUUACAAGCUCAUAGCCAUUUUACGGCAGAGUGCCAUUUGGAGGCCAUUCUUCCAGCAAAGGACGUAACAGAUUUUUUAGUACAGUCUUACCUCGAACAUUUCGAGCAACUGCAUCGCAUCGUUCAUAUUCCCACUUUUAACAAAGAAUAUGCCGAGUUUUGGGUACCUGGUUGUACUCGUCAUUCUACCAUGACGGCGCUAAUCCUCUCUAUGAUAUCAAUCUCAAUAUGCAUUCCUGCCAGCUACAGCAGUCUCACACCUUCCCAUCACCAAAUAGCUCCAGGGCAGUGGAUCUCCGCGUGUGACAAAUGGUCAAGAGAGCAAAGUUCAAAUGGCCGUAAGCUUGUGCACUAUCAAAUCGGCUGUUUGUUGUAUCUCGCAAGACGAAUGCACAUGAUUAGGAAGAAAGAGUGGUUCAAGGAAACGAGUUCUUUGCUUCAAAAUGCAAUUAUGGAUGGGCUACACCGAGACCCGACUUCAAGUGGAGAUACAAUCUUUACGCGAGAGAUGAAAACACGGAUGUGGGCUGUUAUUCGCGAACUCGACUUGCAAAACUCGUUUGAGACUGGAAUACCAACUCUCCUGAACACAAUUGAUGCUAAAACUGGUACCCCUGGAGACAUUGAUGAUGACGAGUUUGACGAGACCUCGAAAACACUUCCAGUCUCAGAACCAUUCCACAAACAUACCCGGACAUCUUAUCAAUUUCAUAGUUCUCAUAGUUGGGAGUUGCGUUUAGACGUAUCUCGCCGACUUUUUGCGACAGGAUCACCAAAAGUAUUGAGCUACGAUGAAGUCUUGCAAUUAACCCAUCAAUUGACCCAGGAAAUUCACUCCCUCCCAGCUUGGGAUGAAGUCAAUUCAGGGGCAACAAGCCAUGUCUGCUCUCCUAUUCUCGCUCAUGCAUUCCUACAUUUCCAGCUUAGUGAAUGUAUUAUAGCUAUCCAUCGACCAUAUCUUAAGAGAGAAAAUCGCAAGUUUUGGCUUUCUGAAAACAUUUGUUACCAGAUGUCGCGAGAUAUACUUUUACUCAAUUUAAAAAUGAUAAGCACGGGAAAUCAGAGUGUAACAAUGCUCCGAGAAGAUCUUUUGUUGGCUUCAUUAACGCUCACUCGUGUCACUUUGCUACAGCCCAAAGGCUCAAGCAGUAUUAUCAUGAGCGAUUCCACUAAUAUCAUUGAUUUCCUCAAGCAAUGCCUUCCUACUAUGGGCAACAGAUACCUUUAUGGAUUCCACAAAGAGCCUUGGUGUUUUCUGACUAUGGCUACGGCUAUUGCAUUACUCAACAUACAUGCAGGAGAAGGUAGUCCAGAGACCUGCAAGCUCGAUGUUUCACAGAGUUUGUCAGAUCUACAUCACAAGCGUAUCGAAAACCAACGUCAUAUAUCCAUUCCUAUCCAGCAGGAUUCCAUUCCACGAAUGUCCGCAGAGCACAUCAAUCCCGGUGGACAAUCUGCUGCGCAUAAAACCACAGAAGUUCCGGCGUUCUCGUGGUUGAACAUUUCUGAUUUUGAAAGUGAUGUUUUUGAUCUGGGAAUGGACCUAGAUAGCAUGUGGCAGUUUUAG